AUGAUUUUCAGGUCCAAUGAAACAUGGCAUGAACAUGCAGUUGAGAACCCAGAUGAAGUAGCUGCCAUGGUGGACAUGAGCAUUCGCAACAGUACAGAGCGGAGAAGAUUAGGUUAUUUCUCCUGCGCCACCGGGAAUCCAAUCGACGACUGCUGGCGUUGUGACCGCAAAUGGGAGCUCCGGCGAAAGCGUCUCGCCGAUUGCUCAAUCGGAUUCGGCCGCAACGCAAUCGGUGGCCGCGACGGCCGUUUCUACGUCGUGACCGACCCGGGAGACGACAAUCCGGUUAAUCCGAUACCCGGGACGCUGCGUCACGCCGUGAUCCAAGACGAGCCACUGUGGAUCAUCUUCAAGCGCGAUAUGGUGCAGAUUCUAAGACAAAAGCCUUUUGGUAUUUGCAGGUGUAGGCAUGGAUAUUUCCAUGUAGUAAACAACGACUACACACAUUGGGAAAUGUAUGCGAUUGGUGGUAGUGCUGGCCCCACUAUCAACAGUCAGGGGAAUCGGUUUCUUGCCCCAACGAACCCAUUUGCCAAGGAGGUGACUAAGAGAGAGUACACAGGAGAAUCCAAAUGGAAGCACUGGAAUUGGAGAUCAGAAGGAGAUCUUUUCCUAAACGGAGCAUUUUUCACACGCUCUGGUGCUGGAGCUGGAGCCGGCUACGCCAGAGCUUCGAGUUUAUCAGCCAAAUCGUCGUCACUCGUCGGCACCAUGACCUCUUACUCAGGUGCUCUUAACUGCAGGGCCGGUCGCCGAUGUUAA